AAAUCAUUAUUGUACUUUAUUGAAAGAGAGCCAGUUAUGGAAAAUUUUUGUCAUGUAUCGAACACUAAUUAUAGAUAUCCGAAAAAUCCUCCGAAGUUGCAUUAUGAAAGGGCUAAUCAAAUGUCUUUACCCCCUACAAGAUAUGACUUUUUUCAAUACUACAAUUUCCUAAAUGAUGGACCGUUAAGAAAGGAUAUGUCAAAGAAAGUUAUAAUACUGGGAGCUGGAAUAUCAGGAACUGUUACAGCAAAACUGUUACAGCAAAUGGGCCAAAGGGUGAAAAUAUUUGAGGCUAGCAAUAGAGUUGGUGGACGAAUUCAUACGUAUAGGGAUCCGUCUGGAUGGAAAGGGGAACUUGGCGCUCUUCAAAUACCUGUUACACACAUAUUUGCAUUAUCUAUCAUGUCUAAUUUUUCGAUAAAAGUUUCAUCGUUUCGUAGGAUCGUCAAUAACAAUUUAAUUGCAUUAAAUGGAAGAAUAAAGCGAUACAAAGCUGCUUUGAGGGAAAAAAACCCUUUUAGCUAUGUUUUUGACAAACCGGAAACUAAUUCUACUAUUGCCGAAAAUAUGCAAAUAUUUCAAGAACAAAUUAUGGAUGAUAUAGAAUCAAGAACUUGGAUGGAUGCUCUUGAAUAUUUUGAUAAGUUUUCGUUGGAAGAUUACUGUAGAAAAAAGUGUAAAUUUUCAAAUGAACUAACUAAAAAUAUUCUGUAUUUAUCAUAUUUUUAUGAAAUGAGAUCUAUUUCCAUGUACGAGUUCGUACUUAUGAUGUUUACGUACGGUGCUGCUCCCGCAAAACUAGUAAAUUCAGGCCUUGACAAUCUCCCAAAAUCUGUCGCAUCGAGCCUAAAGAAUAAUACUAUCCAGUUCAAUUCUACAGUAGUAAAAGUAUCAACGAAGAAAGAUUACGCUUGUGUUUACUAUAAAAUCAAUGGUCAAUCUAAAUUAGAAAAGGAAUGUUCUGACUACGUUGUUGUUGCGACAUCUUUGGGUGCGCUACGAGUAUUGAAAUUUCAACCUAAAUUGACUUCUUUGAAACGAGAAGCAAUUGACAAAAUGCAUUUCGAAACGGGAACUAGAGUUGUUGAAAUAUUUUCAAAACCUUUCUGGGAAUCUUUUGGAGUUAAAGAAGGAGAUAUCAUUACAGAUUGGGAUACAGGACCAAUGAAUGUACCUGGAAAAUAUUCUGGACGAAAUGUUUUCUACGGAGCUUUAGGUGAAGGCGAUAAAGCCAGAGAACUAGCAAAUAUGUCUGAUUCACAAAUCAUAGAAGGCCAUAUUACACAAUUAUCAAAUAUGUUUAAAAUGGAUGUGAAGUCUUUGUAUAAAAAUGCUGUGGUGAAAAAAUGGUCAAAAGAUCCGUUCUCAAGAGGAGGAUUUUCUAUGUGCCUACCUGGACAAUGUACAAAUCAUUUCAGGAAAAGUUUUCAAGAGACUCAUGGUCGCAUCCACUUCGCCGGAGAACAAACAUCGGAUUUCCACGGAUGGAUAGAAGGCGCAAUUGAGAGUGCAAUUCGAGUUUCCAUAGAAAUUUCAAAGGACCUCGAUGAAAAAAAUUAG